CUCGUCAGUGAGCUCGAUCUUCUGUCUUCCGAGUUGACGCAGUACGCAUCGCACAUUCAACGUUUUAACCAGGAGCUGUGUUAUCAUGAUAACAAGAUACUUGCUGAUUUUUUCGAUCGCGAUUCCGGGUUUAGUCGCCAGGACCGUGUCCUGGGACACAAAAUAUGCUGAUGUGGAGAUCGACCAAAAAACUGUAUAUAAGCAAGACAUUAUCAGAUGUCUUGAUGAUGAAAGCGUUAGAUUAUCUGGUUUGAAUUUCAUCGAAAUUCCCAAUCAUAUCGUAAAAAGCGACGCAAUAAAAGCUAUAUCGCUGGACGAUAAUAACAUUGUGAAACUGCCUGCGAACGUGUUCGACGAGGUACCAAAUUUACAAUGUUUAAAUCUUGCAAAAAAUAACAUACCAUAUGAACGAUUGUUCGGCUUUCGUCAUAAUAAGUUAAAAACCCUGAUUUUUGAUGAUAAUCCAAACAGAGGGCAAACAAUGUUUUCAAAUUUCGAGCCAAUCAGAUAUUCGACUCCACCUGCUGGCACCUACUUCCCAAACCUGGAGAGUCUUAGUUUAAACAACGUUUAUUUUGAGAAUUUUCCUUCGCAUUUCAAUGAAUCCUUUCCGCGUCUCUCAACGCUUUAUAUAACGGAUAAUGGUCUGCAAUUUUUGGACGAUAAUAUAUUUUCAAUAUUACCCAGUAAUUUAAAAGGUCUUCAUUUGGAAAGAAAUAACUUUACAUCUCUGAUUUUGAGAGAUGCAGGAAAUAUCGAGGAGUUGUAUUUUGAUGGCAAUCCUCUGGUCUCUUUUGAAAUUGGUCCUGGCAGCUCUACCAUAAAACUGAUUUCGCUCGCAAACUGUACACUCAAUUCUAGGGACCAGUUUCAAAUACAAGCUCCGUUAUUAACUACGUUAGAUUUGUCGUACAAUCGAUUAACUACGAUCCCUUUCCAAAGUAUUCCACAAUUUUUGGAAAAAUUGUCUUUAAGUCAUAACGAGUUUACGAGCGUGCCAAAUCUGGGGUACCUACAGAAACUCCACAGUUUAUCCUUAAGUCAUAAUAUAAUAGAAUAUAUUAAUGACGAAAUUAUGCAACUGUUACCUGAAUCGUUACAAAAAUUGAGCCUACGAGGAAAUCGAAUAAACAGCAUCGACGAUAUGGCUUUCUCGACGUUUUCCAUGCUCGAAGAAUUGGAUCUAUCAAAAAAUAAACUACGAUCGUUGCCUGCAGUAUGGGCGAAAAACUUGAAAAUGUUGCGACAUUUAAAUCUAAAAUCGAAUUUUUUCGCGACAAUCGCUGACAUGAGUAUUUCCUCGUUAAUAAGUUUAAGGGCGUUAUACAUAGAAGAGAAUAUGGUAACAUUUAUCGAUGAAAAUUCUCUUCAAUUAGUACCUAAACUAUGUACCGUGUACGUUAGGUAAGAGACCGCUUUAAUACCGGGAUUAGGUAUUUUUCACUUCAAGUGUUAUCUUUUGUUCUUUAUGCCUGCCUUUUAAACCCUUAGUACAAAAGAUGUAAUGUGUAAGGAACUGCAAAUGCUGAUUUUACAUAGUCGAACAUUAUCGCUUAUAAAAUUUUAACAAAAUAAAUUAUGUAAUUAUGUAAUGCUGAAUAUAAUUAAAUUUUAAUUCAA